ACCAGACUGCAGCACUACCCAACCUAACAGGCAUUGUGUUGAGUUUGGACCACUGUGCUACAAGGAAUCUUGUUUCACUUCACCUCCCUUUGGAUUUUUUGUCACUUUAUUUAUUCUCUGCUGGAUACAGAGAACCUGGAUUUUUAUGUACCAGUGUCAACACGUCCAAAUUUGGAGAAAACUUGACAAAGCUGAGACAGUCCCCCUGGCAUGCUGGAACGACCAAAGGUUUUCUGUCAGGAGCAUAUCUUUAGGAGUUCCUUCUGUCUUUGUGUUGCUGCUUUACUUUUUCCUUGGAGCCUGUGGCUUCCGUCCCAGGAUUGGUCAGAGAGCAGCCCAUCAGCAGCAGUGACAGUGGGGUCGUCCAGGGUCAGAGGUCCGGGGUCAGAGGCUGGAUGUAUAAGACGGCUUCAUGGGCCUGAAGGACCAUCUGGAGGAUGGAACAGGCCACAACCUCAACCUGGGUCUGGAUUUGGACUACCUCCAUGUGGAAGGCACCGACCGCCAGGCCAGCUUGAGUGCCACAGCCGGCACCCACUCAGGAGCCUUGGAGGGGGAAGAGGCGGAGGUGGGAGGCACCCAUAGCAGUGUCAGUAGUAGCAGCAUCAGCAGUAGUAGUAGUAGUAGUAGUAGUAGUAGUAGUAACUCCUCUGAAGAAAGUACUGCGUCAGACAGCGAAGAUGAGCGGGGGGUCCACCAUGGCUUUGGUUCUGAAGCUGAGACCCCCCACCCGCACCCCUGUCACCCUGCUGGCCUGGGCCCGGCACAGAUCCCCCCCACUAGGGACCCCAAACUCCCCACCGACCCCCUCACAGAGUACCGCUCCAAGAUGGAGUUUGCCCUGAAGCUGGGCUACUCUGAGGAGCUGGUUCUGCUGGUGCUGAGGAAGUUAGGGCCUGACGCCCUCAUCAACGACAUACUGGGAGAACUGGUCAAACUGGGCACCAGGACAGAGACAGAGCAGGCUGGGGAGUCUGCCGCCUCCCAGUCGCCCUCUUCUUCCUCCUUAUCCUCCUCCUCUCUGGACUCCUGCAGGCUGGACUGCUCCUCCCAGCUUCUGUUGGAUGACAAGGAGAACAUCAGGCCUGUGGUGGUGGAUGGGAGUAAUGUAGCCAUGAGUCAUGGUAAUAAGGAAGUGUUCUCCUGUCACGGCAUCCAGCUGGCUGUUGAUUGGUUCCUGGAACGUGGUCACCGUGACAUCACUGUGUUUGUGCCCGCCUGGAGAAAGGAACAGUCCAGACCGGACGCCCUCAUCACAGACCAGGAGAUAUUGAGGCGUCUGGAGAAAGACAAGAUCCUGGUGUUCACUCCGUCUCGUCGGGUCCAGGGCCGCCGUGUGGUCUGCUAUGACGACCGCUUCAUCGUCAAGCUGGCCUACGAGUCCGACGGCAUCAUCGUCUCUAAUGACAACUACCGGGACCUGGCCAAUGAGAAGCCAGAGUGGAAGAAGUUCAUUGACGAGCGGCUGCUCAUGUACUCAUUCGUCAAUGACAAGUUCAUGCCUCCUGAUGAUCCUCUGGGUCGCCAUGGUCCCAGUCUGGAGAACUUCCUGAGGAAGAGACCAGUGAUCCCAGAACACAGGAAGCAGCCCUGCCCCUAUGGGAAGAAGUGUACUUACGGCCACAAGUGUAAGUUCUACCACCCUGAGAGAGGCAGUCAGCCCCAGCGCUCUGUGGCCGACGAGCUGCGUGCCAGUGCUAAGAACUCCUCUUCCUCCUCCACAUCUUCCUCCAAGAGCCUGGGCAAGGCUCUGCUGGUGAAGAGCCACAGCAUGUCCAGUCGCUCCAGUGCAGAUGGGCUCCCAGACCCCCACCUAGCCGCCCCAAAGAGGCGGUCGGACCCCGGCCUGUGCACGCCCUCCUACAACAACCUCCUGGAGGAGCGGCUGGGCGGGAGGACCAAAGCAGAGGCCCGCAGAGGGAGUAGCAGCAGUAGUAGCAGCAGCUGUAGCAGCAGCCUCCUGGUCCCUGCCCCUGGGGGUCCUCCUUCCAGCCAAGGCUUCUCUCUGCAGGAUUGGAGGGACCACAACGCAGGGAGAAACGGCUCCUGCAGAGCUCCAAGUCUGUUGGGGCUUGGUCAUUCUGAGUCGUAUCCCAGCUGUGAGUCCCCAGAGCUGGGCUGCAACUCCCUGAUGAGGGCCUACUCCAGCCUGAGCCUGGUAGUGCCACGGAGCCCCGAGCGGCUGUUCCCGGCUGACCUACGGACGGGCUUGCUGGCAUCUGACUGCAGCAGCGAGGGCAGCAUUAGCUCUGACUCCUUCUCCCCUGACCCCCUGCUGGAGGAUGGCAUCAAAUGCCACCACCCCCAUCACCACCACAAUCACUGCCCCAGCCGCUACCCACACCACCCCAACCACCCGCCGCCUGGUCUGACCCAGCACCCACAUGGAGGCUCCCACCAUAGCUACCCCCUAGCUCAGAGCAUUGAGAGUCCACAGGGCUUCAGCUUGGAGGAUCCUCCCUCCUCCUUCCACUACUUCAAGGCCCAUCUCACCUACCUUCCUCCCCAUCUUCAGCACCCGUCUGUGGGGAGCAGCUCUGGCUGUUCUGAGGACUAUCCUCCCCAACCUCCACCCCAGAACUCCAGCCCCCACUCCCACUCUCACAGCUCAACUCUGGGGCAUAACCUGGGGGGCUCCACCUGGCAGGACAACAACAGCCUCCAGGACUCCCGGCUCUACGAGCGCUCCCCUGUCCACCCCAGAAGGACCUACCCUUGGCCGGGACAGGAGCAGUGGCUGGCCAGCUGGGACCCCCACUACCAGCAGCCCCCCCAGCCCUGCUACGAGCCCUUCACCUUCCAGUCCCAGCCUGAGGGCCACGAACAACCCUGGCACUCGCCCUGGCCCAGGGGGACACACUUGCCCCAUCCUCAACCCCCUUCCUCCUCCCAUCCUCCACCCCAACCCUCCAUGGCCCCCCAGCACCAGGGGGGAAGAUACCAGGACGUGAGGGAUAAGGUGUUUGUCAACCUGUGUAACAUCUUUCCCCAAGAGCUGGUGAAGGUGGUGAUGGGGAGGAACCCCCAUGUGAUGGACGCCCAGCAGCUGGCUGCAGCCAUCCUGGCUGAGAAGUCCCAGGCUUGCUACUGAGUACUGACACUACUGUAGUAGAGGAAAGAAGUGGUGUGCCCAACUCUAUAGUCUUCCCAAAACGUCUACGAUGCAGGGGGAGAUGUUUGGUCCUCUGUAGCUCAGCUGGUAGAGCACGGCGCUUGUAACGCCAAGGUAGUGGGUUCGAU